UUGCCCAGUACAUGUAUUUCUCCCAUUUUAGCUUUAUAUUGUGGAAGGUAUUAAAGUUUGGGAAAGUGGAUUUGCGGAGGAUGUUAAAGGACAUUGCACUGUGUUUCUCUGAUGUUUUAAAAUGGCGUGUUUUUACAUUAAUUAUUUAGCGACUGCAGAAAACCGCGCUCGGAGAUAUCAAAUUGGCUCAGUUUGAAUGAUAUUUCAGUGCCUGUCAAAUGUUGUGUGUAGGUCGGUCAAGGCGUUUCGGUGACAGAAGGGCUGAUCAUGACUUGUGAAAGUUGAGUGUGGAGUGGUAUAUUUAUAUUAUUUUCAGCUGAGAGCUUACGCUCGAGAAACGGUGAUAUUGAAGAGUGAAUGAUAGCAUUAUGGAUCGAAGUGAAGACCGUCGCAGAGUUGGUGCCAGUUUGGAGUUGCAGGACGCCUAUGACACAAGACAGGCUAAACAGCGGGCUUCAAUCAAAUGGUUGCUAUCAAAAGCAUACAACAACAAAGUUCCUGAAAACAUCCGAGAACCUUUUUAUCGUGACCAUGAGGAUCAGGAACAUUUGAAACCUCAAAUAGUGCAUUCAUUAGCAAAUGCAGAGUUGUACUGCCUAGGUCUUGCGAAUAUAUACUCUGAUCCAAAUUACAACAAUCUAAAUCACUGGGCAAUAAUUCAAGCUCUUGCCAGGAAAGGAGUGUUUGUCAGUGAACCACCAGAUGCCCAGCUGACGGAAACUGUACUCAUUCAGACAACACCAUUGAAAUUGAGUGCACACAUGGCAGUAAUAGAAGCAAUGAUGGUACUUUAUGCGAAAGAAGUGGUUACACCAGACCGUGUCAUAGCAGCAAUCCAACGAUUUAGCCAUGACAGGGAUGCUGGUGAAAUGAAGCUUCCUUCAGACCAUGAAGAGGGCUUGAUUCUAUGGAUGCGCCAUGCUACUCUAGCCCUGCAACGUCGGAUUCAUCAAGAACUUGAACAUGGUAUUGCAGAGGGUGAACACCAACAUGUGCCAGAAUUUCCCCCUGUUAGAGAACUGAAGGAUUUGUGUGAUGGUGUGAGUCUGGCAGGAUUAGUGUCAUUCUAUUGUCCUGAAGAACUACCAUGGUCAGAUAUUGUGGUUAGCUCCUUACCAAAGAUAUCUGAUUCAGUCCAGAACUUGAUGCUUGUAUACAACUUCUGCAGUCGAUGUUUACCAAGCUCUGUAUUCCAUAUGAUGCCAGAGGAUGUCACGUACUUGCAAGCAUCCAUGAGGCAGAAUUUGAUUGUCUUCCUUGCUGACCUUUUUAACGUUCUUGAAAUACAUCCUGUUAAAUGUGUGAGGUUUCCUGGUACGGAUAAAUCAUCUUAUUUGAAAGAAGUCUACCCACGGAAUAGCCAAGGGGUAGCACACAAGCGUAGCUUCCCGCAGUCAAUUUCUGCAAUCCCUGAUCUGCGCAGUAACCUUGGAGCUCAUUCAAGCAGUUUUACAGUGUCAAAAUCUUCACCCACGAUUCAAGCAUCUUACACUCUCAAGAAAUCCUACUCACUUCAGCAAAAUGAUAUGCAAACAAAAGGAUCCAUGGAUCAUUUGGAGAAGAACACUAUGCAGGAAGAAAGAAGAGGUGAUGUUGAAGAACAGUUUGUUGUUCAUCGUGGACGUGGUAUUCCAACACUGAGUGCAGUGGCAUUGUCAGGCCACAGUCAGAGCCAGGAUGAACCAUUAAUACCUGCACGACUGCGUCCAUCGAAAGAACGGACUAAUCAGGACAGCAAGGCAGAUGAAAGAGGGGAACCCAUUGCAGCUGGGCGGCCUAGUAAUUGGGAGGAGCAGCGGCGAACCUCAUAUGCUGGAAGACGUUCCAGGCGAAAUUCGGUGUCUGAUGAUUCCCAGUUAACACUGGAGAAUUUUGGAGGUUCUCAAGAAAAUUUGCAGUUCUUGGGCCGCAAUCCUGAUAAAGAACCAGCUGUUCAUACUGGACGCAAGUCUGAGCAUGGAAUAGGGGCUCCUGCUGUUCCUAUUCGAUCAAGCGCACAAGAUGCCCGGAGCAGUGGUGUGGAAUUGGUUCUCGGUGAUAGUGUAAAUGGAAGAGAGAAACAAGAUGAAGAAAAACCAGAUACUGUUGACUGUGCAGCGAUGCCAACUAGUUUCGUUGAACUAUCACAGCGCCGCGGUGAAGUAGGUCAUGCAGGACAUGGGCACAGAGAUGAGGAAAAAGACUCGGGCAGACUGCAGAGUACAUUCAAUGGAACUAGUGGCGGUAGUGAGAAAAAAACAACUUUCGGUGCCCUUCCUAAUACAACAACGUGGCAGCAACAGAGUUGCACAAGUCAGCAGCAGCAUUCUGACACAGAGACAAAUCAAGAAGAAACUUCUUCAAAUAAUCAUGUAAUGGCAUCUCAGUUACACAAUAUUCGAAUGAAAUUAGAAGAGAAAAGACGGCGCAUAGAGAGUGAGAAGCGGCGUAUGGAACUGGUAAUGAGUAAGCAGCGACAGAAGGUUGGGAAGGCUGCAUUCCUACAGGCUGUUACAAAGGGCAAGAACACGCUUGUAAAAACUCCAGAUUCAGAUUCUGGAAAGGAUUCAAAUGGAGACAUGGUAGAAAAUGUGGCUAAACCCCAGAGACCUUACUCAUUGCAGGAGAUAUCAGAAGAUGUUAAUUCUGUUGAACAUAAGUGGUUAGACAAUACAGCACCAUACAUAGAAGAAAGGAAGACUCCUGAUAUUGAAAAUAUGGAUAUGGAGCAGUAUCAGCAGUCUAUUGCACAGAUGAAUUCAAGUUUACAUGAGCUCCAGGCUGAUAUACAAAGAUUGGCAUCACAGCAACACCAGAUGCAGGAUUUGGUUCAGCACCAGCAGCAACACCAGAUGCAGGACUUGCUGCAGCACCAACACCAACAGCAACAGCAGCUGCACCAGCAACAACACCAACAACAACAGCAGCAGCAACAGCAGCAGCAGCAACAGCAGCAGCAGCUCAUGCAACAUCACCAUGGCCAAUUCUUCCUUCAUGAACAGCAGUUUCAAAAUCUUUCACCUCUGCAGACACAACCGCAGUCACAACCACAGCCACAACGGCGCACUUGGGCACAACAAGCUCCUGUUUUACCUCCAGAAUUAGUGAGCUACCAGGAAUCUCCACAACGGCCUUCAUGGACAGAUACAACCAGGUAUCAGCAACCUGCACCAAUUCACCUUCAGCAGCAGCUUCCAACGUACCCUGCACCGCAACUUCUUGGGAAUAUAGGAGGUGGUUUUGUACUACAUGAAACGAAACAUAGUAUGGGACAUGUUACAGCAUAUGAUGGAGGUGGUGAUAGCAGAUACCACAAUGGUGAACAAGGAUAUCAUCUACAUGGAGGUGGUAGCGGUUUCCAGCUCCACCAGACAGAGCCAUCACCUAUUAGUGGGAUGUUCAUUUCCACACCCGUGCAACAAACUGCAUCUCCACAGCACCGAGGAGGCGGUGGGGAUGCUCCUGGUAGAGGGGGUCUAAGCCUACAGCAACCAUCUGGAGAUACAGUAAUGCUGGAGAAGAACAAAAGUCCUGCUGUGAUGCAUGCACCUGUACCAACACCAUCUGUUGAUGAUAUGGAGCCACAGAGCAUUUCUUUUAUAGGUGCACCAAGUUCUUCAGAUGAAGGCCUGGCCAAAAAUAUAAAAGGACUUCAUAUUACUUCUGGCAGUCGCACAUACCGAAUUCCUUCUCCAACACGACCAACUAUUUCUCAUAACUCCUUCCAGAAGCAUGAACCAGAAGAAUUACCUCAGAGUAAAAUGAGUAGUGAUGUUGACAUUUCCCCACCUGGAGAUAGUGGACCAGAGAAAGGGUUUUACAUCUCUUUUGAUGGUGACUCUCAACCAAAGAGGCCAAAACCACCAUUGAGGAUGAAGAGAUCACCAAAAAAGGAACGUCAGGUUUCACAUUAUGAAAGUUUGGUUGGCGAAAGAGAAGAACUGAGAGGGAAUCAUUCUAGUCAAGAAUCUAACCCACUAAGGGAGCAAGAAGGCAAAGAGAAACCAAGAGAGUCUGAAAGGUUAAAAGAGGUGGAAGAAGGUUCUCAAGGUGUUGGGCUUGUUAUAGGUUCUGAACUUGCUAAUCCAGAUCCAAUGACUCUGGAUGAAAUGGAGCGUAAAAAAGAACGCAUAAUGUUGCUGUCCCUUCAAAGGAGACAACAGCAAGAAGAAGCAAAGGCGUUGAAGGAACAAGAAGCACAGCGCAGGCGAGAAAUGGAAAAACUGCGGCAGGAAGAACGAGAACGUAAGAAAGAAGAGGAACGUCUCCGCAGAGCAGCCAUUCUUGAACAGUACAAGCUUAAGAAGGCCAUCGAAGAAGCAGAGAGAGAGGGUAAACUACUACCAGAAAAAGUUGAACUUUCAAAUAUGAAACCUGUUCCUAAGAUGCGUAACAAAUCAUCGGCAAGUUCUCGUCCAAGGCCGAAAACAAUUCAUGUUGAUAGUGGUAGUGUGGAUGUCCAAGAAGGUAUACUGAGUCCAAGCCGAAGUAAAAAAGGAUCAACAUCAAAUCUCACAGACACAGUUUACAGCCAAAAUCUGAGGAGGGAUUAUUAUCGUGGCUCACAGGAUAGUUUAACAGAAAGAUUCGAAGAGCGGAGAGGUGGUCCAACCUCUCUGUUCAGAGAUUCUCCAGAUGAUGGUCGGGGAGCAUCACCUUGUCGUAGUGUCAACCAACUUGGCAGGAGAGGAUCUUACAAAACUUCACGAGAUGUUUCGGAACCAGGUCAAGUUAGAGGUCGACAGAAAUAUCCUACUUAUCAGGGAAACUUUAGGGGAAGGAAAUCAAAUUCACUUAUGAAUUUAAGUGGUUCAAGCACAGAUCAGGAUAGCAUGGUCUAUCGUUACACAGAUACAGACUCUGGUUUGGGCAGAGCGACUCCUCCAAGAAGAGCACCAUCUCCAGGCACAAGCAGUAUGCGCCACCUACCUUCGCCAUCAGGUCCUGGAUCGUUACCACCUGGGUUGAUGACAAAGAGACGGAUUUUUGAUGAUGGGUCUAGUGAUGUCAGUUCAACACCAAGUUCCAUGAUGGAAUAUACAGGUCCAAGACUGUACAAGCAACCAGCAACUAAAUCUAAUCGUGGAAUAAUGCUGAAUGCUGUGGAAUAUUGUGUUUUCCCUGGUGUUGUCAACAAAGAAGCUAAGCGACGAGUGUUGGAAGAAAUUGCUCGUUCAGAAAGCAAACAUUUCUUAAUCUUAUUUAGGGAUGCUGGCUGCCAGUUUAGAGCCCUAUAUUCAUAUUGUCCGGAUCGAGAAGAAGUGCUAAAAUUGUAUGGGACUGGCCCAAAACAAGUGAAUGAUAGAAUGUUUGACAAGUUCUUCAAGUAUAAUUCCGGUGGCAAAUGUUUUUCCCAAGUCCACACAAAACACCUUACAGUCACAAUUGAUGCUUUCACCAUUCAUAACAGUUUGUGGCAAGGAAAAAAAGUGGCUCUGCCUAAUAAGAAAGACAUGGCUUUGGUUAUAUAGUUAUUACAGAAUAAUUUAUGUAUUUUGUGCAUAAUCAAGGAUAACCUUUUUUAACAGACUGCAGCGCAAUCAAUCAACAUUCACAGUUGUGAGUUGUCUGUGUAUAUAGUUUUGCACAAGAGAAUUGCCAGUGACAAAUUACUCUUCAUUGAACAGGUGUGUGAUGUGACCAAAAAAGGAAACGGAGAUUAUAUAUUGCAAACAAGAGAGUGAUGUUCAUAAUUAUGAAGCAGAAUUUUUUACUAAGAUAACAUCUCAUGUGGUUGUUUUACUCUUUACUUGAAAAUAAAUAAACUCUUUCAUUUGUCUUAGAUAUAGAUCAUUAUGCCAAAAUUAGGCAUUCAGUAUACUUGCAUGAAAGCUUAAUCAUAUCUUGAUCAUUUGGAAUCUGUGUUUUUAAUGCAAGCUUUACAGACUCUUUUUAAGCAAUAUGUUACUGUUGUUUGUAAUUAUGUAUUUAUGUGGAAGUCUCUUCACUUAUUUGUGUCAGUUGUUUGUGUGUAUUCUUUCAGUAUUUACAUCAGUUAUAUAAUAUGGAAAACUGUACAGCUUCUACUGCUGUUGAAAUACAAAUAUUUGUAAGAUAGAAAGUGUGUUUGGAAGUUUGUGUAUUUAUGAUGAGUGUGGGAGAAGGGGAAAGCAUUGAGCUAUUUUCAAUACUCCACAAAAUACUGAUAUACAUUUCUCUCUAAGAGCUCUAAAAAAAACUUUAGUCAAAUAUGGCCUUUGAUAGAUUUUUGCUUCUUGUUAUCACAUUGCCUAGUUUGUACAAUGUAACAAUAAGAUUCAGCUUGUUAAAGCCAUUAAUGUAAAAUGAAAGAAUGAGGAUUUAUGGCUAACUGUGUGAUAUUUUAUCCUGGCUAUCCUCUUACUUCCAUCAGAGUACUGAGUCAUAACAUUAUAUAAAGUUUUGUUAAACCUCUUGCUUGUGACUGAUAUUUGUUUUCUAAUGUUUGUAAGUACGCUGCAACAUUCAUUAUAACUGCAUACUGGUUGUUGCUUCAUUGUUAGUUUUUUUAUGUGAUACUUUUGGUCACAGUGUCAUACAUGAGCACAACUGGAUUCAGGGAACUACUCUAGUAUUAAGGUUGUGUUAAUCCCAAGUAGUACUUGAGAUUUGUAUAUAAAUGUAUAUUUUUUAUGUGCUGUGUACAGAUAAUUGUCCUCUAGUAACAAUUUGACCAUGAACAUAUUUUUAUAUUAAUAAAUUAAUAGUAUAUUGCUCCACCUCUUUUCUCUAAAAACUAUUGACUCUUAUUUACACUGUGUUGUAAUGUGUAUAUAUGCUUAACAGUAUUUUCACCAUUCAGAGAAAUUUUCUGUUCUUGGAUUGCAGUUUCCUGAAAAGCUUUAGUGCUAACUUUAUGAUAUAUGCUGGAGUGACAACAGCUCCUACACCAAAGCUGUAACAGUAUAGGUAGGUUUCAGUGCAGUUGUUAAAGCUUUGAUGCUUACAGCAUCAGAAUAAAGUUUUAAAAUGUCCACUGGGUUUAUAUGAAAGGAAAUUUGUUGAGAGUAAUCCAGUUGAUUUUAUGAGAGCAUAUGAUGCUAGUUACAAUUUUGCUAAUUUUUUUUUUUUUUUUUUUUGUACUGAAUGUGAUACUUUAGGUUUUAACGCCAUUGAUACUAAUGGUACAUAUCCUAAUAAACUUUUGUAUGUUUUUGUACAUAUGUGUAUAAAAUAUGUUUUAAUUAGUUAUACAAUGUUCUGUUGAUUGGAAAUGCCAAAAAUCAAAACAGCUUUGCCAUGUAGGCAUAACGUUUUUACUAGCAGCUGAACAUAAAGAAUUGUUCUGUAAUAUUUUGCAACAUUCCACAUCAUAUGUUGUGCAAUAUUAACUUUCUGAGUGAAGACUUAUUUAUGUUGUUUUACUUGGAUGUACUUGUAUAUGAUGAACCUGUUUUUGUAUUUACCCAGUAAUAAAAACAAAAAUAUAUUA